ACUUCACACUAUCUGUUAAUGUUAUACACACCAUUUAAUGCUGGGCUACGUGACAAUUCAUGAAUCAAGAGUCCAUCAAUAAUUUGUGUGCCACCUUUCCUCACAGUUCUCUCCCAGUGCUUCAAUUUUGUGCAACAAAUAUAAAAAGCCAGUAAAUUGUGUAUAUAAUAUGUGAGGCGGCUAUGAAAAUUAAGAUAAGCUGAAAGCCUGUAGAACUUCUAUAUUAUUCUCUUUAUGAUUUAUUCUGCUUCAUGUUUGCUUCAUGUCAAUGACUGGUCAGUUGCCUUGUCAGUACUGCUGUAUCUCUGAAAUGUCUAUCUGUUUGGUCCCUAGCACUGCCUUUAACUGAACAAAGAUGGUGGGUCUAAAGCCUUCAGACGUCCCUCCUACCCCAGCUGUUAAAUUCAUUGCUGCAGGCACAGCCGCGUGCAUAGCGGACCUCUUCACCUUCCCACUGGACACGGCCAAAGUCAGGCUUCAGAUUCAAGGAGAGACAACUGGAUCUGGUGCUGCCAAUGGAAUUCGGUACAAAGGAGUUUUUGGAACUAUAAGCACCAUAGUGAAGACUGAAGGGCCCAAAAGCCUAUACAAUGGAUUGGUAGCUGGGCUCCAGAGACAGAUGAGCUUCGCCUCCAUUCGCAUUGGUCUUUAUGACACAGUAAAGCUCUUCUACACCAAUGGGAAAGAAAAAGCUGGGAUUGGAAGCCGGAUACUAGCUGGCUGCACAACAGGGGCACUUGCUGUAACCGUAGCUCAACCCACAGAUGUGGUAAAAGUCAGAUUCCAAGCCCAAGCCAAUCUUCAAGGAGUCAAAAGGCGAUACAAUGGCACUAUGGACGCCUAUAAAACCAUAGCCAAGAAGGAAGGUGUAAGAGGCCUUUGGAAAGGAACUUUUCCAAACGUAACAAGGAAUGCCAUAGUCAACUGUACUGAACUGGUGACAUAUGAUGUGAUAAAAGAAAAUCUGCUUUACUACAAACUAAUGACGGAUAAUCUUCCAUGCCAUUUUGUGUCAGCUUUUGGGGCUGGGUUCUGUACUACAGUUAUUGCCUCUCCAGUAGAUGUUGUAAAGACCAGAUAUAUGAAUUCCCCUCCAGGCCAGUACAAAUCAGCUCUAAAUUGUGCCUGGACUAUGAUCACCAAGGAGGGACCAACAGCUUUUUAUAAGGGCUUUGUACCUUCGUUUCUACGGCUGGGAUCCUGGAAUGUGGUAAUGUUCGUGUCUUAUGAGCAACUGAAAAGAGCAAUGAUGAUGUCAAAGCAGAGAAUGGAGUAUGCAGUGUGAGCAUAAGAAUGGCAAGAAGACCGUGAAAAGCCUGGGCUCCAGGAUCCAUUUUUUAUAGUUCACUGGCCUGACUCCACAUUGCUGUAAAUAUGUCUGGAAAGCCAGUCCUGAAACUCCCUUUUACUGUUCCUAAUGGUAGUGGGUGUUCAUCAUUAGUGCUAUGUCAUGGCCGACUGUAAAGGAACAUUCCCAAUAUUUGGAAUAAGCUUGUGCUUGUUUUUAGUAGGCUAUCCGUAUGUUCGCUGUACUUAAAGUACACAAAAAUCUCGAGUCUGGAGAACGUUGAUAUCAGGCCACAAAACUUCUAUGCAAAAGCUCUAAUCCAGCCAUGCCCAACUUGGGCCACACAGUAUUCACGAAGUGCAGCUCCCACAGGAAGCUAGAAGAUUUUAUUUGUGGCAAGGUGGACAAUAUUUAUUAUUAAAUUAGAAUUACUGAUGUAUUUGACUUAUCAAAGCCACUUUCUUCCAUGUUAAAUUAACACACAAGAAAGAUUGCAGUAGUGGAAAAGCACUUUAUAUUUAGUAACUGUAUCCCAAGAGAUAUGCCCUUAUACUUAAAUAUUGCAGUUCCUAUAGGUGUAAAAUAGAAGCCCUAAAAAGCCUGAUGCAAAAAGCUCAUAUUUAUAUUGUUGCUAUUUGACUUUUACAAUAAGGAAUGCUGACUGUGGAAAUCCUCUAUUUUUUUUAAAAAAAAUAUUUUUGUUAUUUAAAUGACUGAUCAUUCAAAUAAAAUGUCAGUUUUUU